AUGGCGCGUCACGCGUCGCGCCGCGCGCCAAUCUCGAGCGGCGGGCGCGCCAUUUUUAAAAAAGCAACCGCGGGCGAAGGCACGGCCGCCGUCGGGCCCGGCCGAAUCGAUUGCGGCCGGUCGCGUGCUCCUUCGCGCCUUUGUCUUUUCUUAUUGCGGUGCGCCCCCGUUCGGCCUGGAACAGAAAGGGCCCGUCAGGGUAGUGCCAUCGAGUCAUUCGACAGCUUGCAACGUCACCACUGCCUUUUCACACAGGCGACGACAUUAAUGAACAUCGAUUGGACACCUCAAUUAUUGCCCGCGAAACAGGUGGCCUGGUCGGAGAGUUAUAAACCACCAGCCAUAAAGUCCGGUCGCCAGAGGUCUGUUGGGGCAUUUAGCGUGCGCCCGCGGCCCCUCCUGAGCGAUGUAGCGCCCGAAAAC